AUGGCGGGACAACGCCGAGCCCUUCCUUCCACCAUCUCCGAUUCGGCAAACACGCCGCGACAAUCACAGAUCUCGUCCGCCAUAGACCAAUGGGAGGUACAGUACUCGCGGUUCGUUUGCAACAGCUCGUGCACCAAUAGCCGCACUCACCCCUCCCUGUCGCCCAUCCCCAAGCACCGCGCCGGGACCUGGAUAUCGGCCGCCGCUGCCGCCUCUCUCAAGCUGGAGUACCGCCGGUCAUCCCUCGGCGCUUGCGACGCAGUCAUCGUCGUCUCCAUCCGGCAUCACGUAUUAGUAAGUGCGAAAAUCACUUCAGUCGAGGAGCUCGCGGUGUUGUGCCGUUUUUUGGAGGAGCACUAUGUGACCAAGAUGAAUUUCUCCUGGCCUCAAGUAUCAUGUAUGUCCGGGUUUCCUGCACGAGGGAGCAGGAGUGUUUUACUGAGCUAUAAAGAUGGUGUUGGCCAGAUGCAAAAAUUUUCUCUACGGUUCUCGACCAUCCACGAUUCAGAAGCAUUCAUGACUCUUGUGAAGGAAAUCAUGGAAAGCCGAAAAACCGAGCUGCUUGCGGGCCCUGUAUUUGAAUCCAGUGUGUCAUCCCAACAUGAGGUCAUAUCUUCUAAUGAACCUGCACACAGGCACAAUAUGGAUAAAAAGUGGAAAUCAUCAAACGUCAGUAGUAGCCAAGUUAUGCUUCUUAGCUCUAUACUUAAUAAAGCUCAAGAUUCAGAAUCACUUGAAAGGAUUGGAGGCAAUGAAGCUGCCGAGGCAGUACCGGUGCUUCCUCCAAGUUUCUCACCGUUAAUGAAGAACUGUUGCCCUGCAGUUUCAGAAGAUUUGUUGGCUACGGUAGAGGAUGUUAUCGCUGUCUUGGAAGGAGACAUGGUGCUGUAG